CGGUAACAAAAGGUUUAUCAAGAAAAUAAAACAAAGCGAAAUCCUCUGUCGGCCUUCUCUCUGCUUCCUCAGGGCAGUUUAGUUUUUGUCACUGUGAAUUUGUCUCUACAAGGCGAUGAUCGGCGCUCGUAUCGGAGAUUCAUCACAAGAUACACUGGAAUUAGUGGAUGUGAAUAUAGCAGCUGAUGGUAGUACUAGUGAUGUUUCAUGUGAAGAAAGGGGUGUUGAAGAACCUUGUGUGGGUAUGGAGUUUGAAUCCGAGGAUGCUGCUAAGAAAUUCUAUGAUGAAUAUGCACGACAUACAGGAUUCAAAAUGCGUAUCGAUCAGUGUCGUCGUUCAGAAGUUGAUAAAAAAAUUAUAUCUCGCAGGCUUUCUUGUAACAAAGAAGGUUAUUAUACAAAAUCCAAGAAUCAAUUUGGGCAUAUAAGGAAACAACAUACGAGUUCAAGACAAGGUUGCAAUGCAAUGAUGCUUGUGAGAGUAAAUAAAUUUGGGAAAUGGGUUGUGACUAAAUUCGAAAAAGACCAUACUCAUCCAUUAGUUUUGUCAACUUGUCUUUCUGUCAACGAAGGGGAUUGUAAAGAAAGGAGAAUUCAAGGAUUGACUGCAGAGUUGAAGCAUCAAGAUGGAUUAAUUAAGUUUUACAGGGAGCAUCUAUGCAUGCUUUUAGGAGAAAUUGAGCAGCAGACGGAAGUUUUGUCAACAAAAAUCCAAGUUGCUGUUAAUAAUGUGAGAGAGAUAGAAACAAAAGAGCAGAAAUAGUAGAAGUAGCUACAGUUGAAGCAUAGAAAGAACAAAAACAUGUAGAUGUACAAAAUAGAAGUUCAAAUUCUAUACAAAACCGAGGAUGUUGAUGAAGAUGAUGAUACUGGUUUUUAGAAGUAAUGAUCUUUGAUGAUUGAUGCUGCUUAAUUUUGAUGUCAAGUUUUGCCGAAGGAAGGGGAUGCAUAUGAAAAUUGUUGAUGUCUUGAUCCAUAACAGGCAGCUCAACAGCAUUAUUUUGAUUUUGAGGUUAAUAAGAAAAAUACGAGAAUUGGAGAAAGGUAGUAUAUGUACUCCUUGUAUAUGGAACUUGUAUUGUUAGAUCAAGAAGCCAUUCAGGGACUUGUAAAAUGACAUAAAAAAACCUUGUAGAAUGUAGAGUAUUGAGUUUCUUUUAAUAGUUAAUAAAGGAUAUAUUUGGAAGAAUUUGAAAAA